AUGACGGUCCAUCAUCAGAGUCACCACGUUGCCGCGUUGAGUGGCAUUACAGUGCAGGCGGGCAAUGCCGGCGGCGGACUGAAUCUCAGCCGCAUGACGGGGCUCGAGGUGCGCCACCGGGCCGCCGAGAGAAUUGAGAGUAUCGAUAGAUUAACAAGUUCGAAUAAUAACAGUGGCAACGGUAGUAACGGAAAUAUCGACAGGUCUGACGUAUCGACGACAAUGCCUCACAGAUCGAGAUUUAUGAUAACGGAUAUUCUCGCCGACGCGUCGAGUCCAGCGAGUUUACUGAGCCAGGAGCCACCGGGCAGUCCCUCCUCGGCUCCACGUGAUCUCAGUGUCAAGCCCUCGAGGCCGCAGGGCCACAAGAGGCAGAGGGAUGAGGAUAGCGAUGCUAGCCACCAAGACGGAGCUUCCGUUUCCUCGAACGGUGUCAAGGAGGAGGAUGCAAAGGAGUCAUCCUCAACGUCCAUGAACUCACCCCCCAGCAAAAAGCAGCGGAAAGCGCGGACAGCCUUCACCGAUCACCAAUUACAAACCCUCGAGAAGAGUUUUGAGAGACAAAAAUACUUGAGCGUCCAAGACAGAAUGGAGCUGGCAGCUAAACUACAAUUGACGGACACGCAGGUCAAGACGUGGUACCAAAACAGAAGAACAAAAUGGAAACGCCAGACGAUAGUGAGCUUUGAGAUUCUCGCUGAAGCCGGCAAUUACGUGGCCUUUCAGAGUAUGUAUGGUAAUCGUACUGGUGUGCCAGCACAGCCGUCGUACUGGACUUAUCCAGGUGCACCAGCGCCACCACCGAGUGAACUAUUUUACAGGCAGGCAACUGCUGCUGUGACGCUGCAAAAGCCCAUGGCCCACCGUUUUUAUCCGCCGAUGAUGUUGGCCGGGCCGAGUGCACCCCUCGGCAGCCUGGCUGCCAGUUCCAGUCUGUCCAACCUCAGUAGUUACUACAACCGCGAGAGUCCCGAAAUGAUGCAGGACGCGAGGGAACGAGAGCACUUGGAGAGGAGCCGCAUGGCGAGAGCGAGGAGCAAGAGCCUCGAGAGGACGCCACCGCCCAGAGACGGCAGCCCACAGAGCACGAGAGUUGACAGUGAUGAUGAGAGUAUACAUGACAUCUAGGAUUCACUUGAUGCCACACAAUCUGUGCGAAAAACCUGGGAUGAUCCCGGUGAUGGGUCUGAUGUUGUCUGAAUGACAAAUAGGGAGACUUGCAGGGGAAACAGGAAAGGCGAUACCUGACCGUUCCCGGACGGUUUCAUCGUGGAUUCACCCGGGGAGAUCCGUUUUGACAUUCGAGAUUGACGGCAAUAUAUGUGACGCUGGGGUUGAGUGUCCAUGUGCAGGAUGUGACGUGCGGUUAACCGACGCGCUUUUGUUAAUGCUCUGGCGGCUCGUGUCAAUUGUUCUGGUGGAAAAACAAACUCGCAUUUUUGGUUUCUCCUUUUUUUUACAUAUUUUUCUCUCGGCCCCGGGUUUUUUUGCAGCAGGGGAGGCCGGGGCAUGGUGGGGUACAUGAAGAAGGCCAAACGCUCGAUCAGGGAUCAAUAAGGGGUCAAAAGAGCUAAAAAAACUCGAAUACUGAGGAAAAAUUUUUAAAAAUUGAAGAACUCUGGAAAUUCUUUCAAUUCUUUCAAACACCGGGAUGAGCCGCCAUAUUGGAUAUUGCAAUUAAAACUGAGUUCUCACAAUGAUCUAGACCUAGAUAGUCAGAUAAAUUUGGUAAACCCAUCCCCCGACGGUCGGUAACGACGGAAAAAAAAAAAUUAGAAGAAUGGAAUCCCACUUGCUGCGCAUACUCUCUGUUUACUGAUAUAAACGUUACUUUUCUACUGAAGCAAGAGAAUAAAAACAAUCAAUUAGAAGUAUUGGGAUUUCACUUCGUCAAAUAGAGAUGAACAAGACAAAUCUAAUGAAUAAAUUCGGAAAUUUCAAUUUAUAGAAAAAAAUGGCAUUUUAGAAAAAAAUGAAUAAUG